GUCCUAUUUACAUUACAUAACCAAACACGUAUUGCGUGCUUAACAAAAACAUGUACCGCGUAUCGAGGAAACUGUUAUACCUAACCACCAGGCAGGUUAUUAAAAGAUCGAUACACGAUAUCUCGCCACUUGACGGUGUCAGAGUCCUGGAUUUGACCAGAAUUGUGGCCGGACCGUACUGCACGAUGAUACUCGGCGAUUUGGGCGCGGAGGUCAUCAAAAUCGAGCGGCCUGGGGCUGGCGACGAGGCACGCAAAUGGGGACCUCCAUUCAUCAACAACACACCUGAGUCCUGCUAUUUCGUCGCCCUGAACCGCAACAAAAAGAGCGUAUGCGUUGACUUGAAAACAACAGAAGGACAAGACAUAUUACACCAACUGGCCAAGCAGAGUGACGUCCUUGUUGAGAACUAUGUGCCUGGGAAGCUGGAUGAGCUCAACCUGGGUUACGGCACUCUUAAGUCAAUUGCUCCACAUUUAAUUUACUGCUCCAUAACUGGGUAUGGCCCCACAGGGCCCUACAGCAAAAAGCCAGGAUAUGAUGUGAUUGCUGCCUCUGUUGGAGGACUACUACACAUAACAGGCCCCCAAAAUGGGGAGCCAGUCAAAGUGGGGGUUGCUGUCACUGAUUUGGCCACUGGAUUAUAUGCACAUGGGGCAAUUAUGGCCGCACUUCUAAAACGCGCCAAAACUGGCAGAGGACAAAAAAUUGACUGCAAUCUAUUGUCAACACAAGUUGCCAGUCUGAUUAACAUAGGGUCCAAUUAUCUGAAUGCAAAUAAAGAAGCCAGUCGCUGGGGGACUGCACAUGAAAGUAUUGUGCCUUAUGAAGCCUUCCCUACUAAGGAUGGCUACUUUACUAUUGGUACUGGGUCUGACUUGCAAUUCAAGGACUUUUGUAACAGAAUUGGUAAACCAGAACUAUCCACAAAUAACAAGUUUUUAACUAACAAACUUAGGGUACAAAACAGGCAAGAAUUAAUUACAAUUUUAAGGCAAAAACUUGCUGAAAAGACCAACAAAGAAUGGGCUAAAAUAUUUGAUGGUGGGCAGUUUCCUUGUGGGCCAAUAAAUUCACUUCAAGAAACAUUCAAUGACCCCCAUAUAAAAGAAAUUGGUCUAGUGGAAACUAUUCAACAUCCAAUAGCUGGCGAAAUUAAAGUCGUAGGGCCGCCAGUAAAGUACAGUGAAGGAGGAAACUGUGUCAGAAAUCCUCCACCCACUUUAGGGCAACACACUGUGGAGGUUCUGGAAAACGUUUUGGGAUUGCAAAAUGAUCAAAUAUUGCAGUUGAAAGAUAAAAAAAUUAUACAUUAAAUGUUAUCAAUAUUUACUCAAAUUCCACGUCAAACACAGAUUAUAAGAAUGACGACAAUUAACUGUAAAUAUUUUGAAAGCUUUAUUUAAUAAGGCAAAAAUAGAUUUUGGAAGCUGAUUUUGACUCUGUUUUAAUUCAGUUUUCUAUGUUCUCUUCUUCACAUAUAUAUGGCUAUUUUUGGCUCAAUCAAAAAAUAAUUAUAUAUUAAGUAUAGUAGUUAUGCUGUAAUCAGAAAAUAAUUCUGAAUCAGUUAAACUAAACUAUAGAUACAGAUUUUAUCAAAUUCCAUCAUUUUUAGUUAAAAUGUGGUGAAGAAAAUAAAGAAAACUGAACUAAAACAGUUUUGCCAAGUAUAAAUCAAUAAAUUACCUUAAACCAAAAAUAAUUUUUUAACAAUAUGUACUAAAAAAUAUACUGUUAUUGUUUUUAAAAUUUUAUAGUGUUGUCUAUUUAAAACUCUUUACCAUUAUAUUAUUUAUAAUAUUUACAUGUAUUAUUUUUAUACAACAAAUAAAUCUUUUUGUUAUUUUA